UUUUAGCGAUUUGUACGCGUUUGUACGCCCUCGUACGCGCGCAUAUGUGGUGAGGGCCUCACAGGAAUAUUCCUUCAUGUGGAAGGGCCCUUAGUGAUAAUGUAAAUCUCGAAUCGAUGAAUCGAUCCCGCAUUGCGUAUUCUCAGCCAGCUGCGCACUUCAGUCAAUACAUUCGUAGCUACUAUAACGAUACUCCUACGAAUGUAUAGACUGAAGUACACCACUAGCCACUUUUUCUCAGCUCGGCUUAGCUGAAGGACGUAUAAUGUUCAUAUAGCUUGUGCCUAUCCCUAUACUGUGAGUGCAGUAUCGUCUGUAACUGUAUCGGACUAUAACGCGUCGUAAUGGCGUUUAUGCAAUUGGAGUUUAGUCGAGUUUGACAUUUUACAUUAAAAUAAGCUGAGAUACUAUCAAUUGUGUUUAAAUUCAUAUUUGAGUUAGAAUCAUUCAUUGUUAUAGAUAAAUUUACUUGUAGAUCCGUCAAGCAAUUCAUAUUAUCUGUACAUCGGUAAAGAAGCGAAGAUGGAUGAGGUUAGAAAACUUGAACAUCUUUCUCUCGUAUCAAAAAUUUGUACGGAGUUGGAAAAUCAUUUAAGUAUAAACAGUAAAGAGUUAGCAGAAUUUGUAAUACAUUUGGCUGAAGAGAGUAAAACGUUUGAUUCGUUUAAAAGAGCUCUGCACAGUAAUGGAGCUGAAUGGCCUGAUUCAUUUAUAUCAACAAUUUUAAGAAUAAUUACACAUAUGAAGCCAAAAGAUAUAGAUAAGCCUGUAAGUUCCAAAAGUGACUCCUUGGCAUCUAGAUUUCCUGGAUUAGCCUUGCCAGAUGAAAGCCCACCAAAAGAUAUCUCGAAUGGUGACAAUAAUGAUUCCAAUAUUGUUGACGACAUGAUGGAUCAGCUAAACAAUAUGGGUAACAAAGACAGUAAGAAUACAGAUAGACAUCACACUUCUGAUAACAAAAACAAAGAGAAUAAAGUUGAUGACCAUAAAAGUAGACACAGCAGUAAGUCUAGUAGUGAUAAAGAAAGAAGAAGACAUAAAGACGAUGAAAGAGAUAGACAUAGAGAUGACAACAGAGACAGACAUAGGGACAGAAGAAGAGACUCUAAUAGGUAUCAUGACCAUGACAAAGACUCUAGAAAAUAUAACAGAGAAGAUUCUAAAAGGUCUGAUGAUAAAAGAAAAUACAAAUCAAGAUCUAGAUCAAGAUCACGAUCAAAGUCUCGAAGAAAUAAGUAUGAAGACCACAAAAAUUCACGCAGAUAUGACAGAAAACACAGGUCACGUUCUCAUUCUAAAUCACCAUCAGAAUCAUUGGAAGAAUUAUCAAAUGAACCAGAAAUUGGAAAGAUCUACAGUGGUAAAGUAGCUAAUAUAGUUGCAUUUGGUUGUUUUGUGCAAUUAGAAGGGCUGAGGCGUCGUUGUGAAGGUUUAGUACACAUUUCCCAAUUGAGAAGAGAAGGAAGAGUAGUUACUGUUAGUGAUGUUGUUACUCGUGGGCAAAAGGUCUUGGUCAAAAUUCUUACUAUCAAUGGAAACAAAAUUGCUCUAAGUAUGAAAGAUGUGGACCAGGAAAGUGGACGUGACUUGAAUCCAGUUUUAACAUCAAAUAAAGCUGAUGAGGAUGAACAAUACUUACGUAAUCCAGAUCGUCCAACAUCCCUUUUAGAUUUGCAAAAUAGUAUCAAAGAAGAUGACAUUCUUCCAACCAGAAAAAUGCCAAGAUUAUCAUCUCCAGAGAAAUGGGAAAUUAAGCAAAUGAUGGCAGCAUCUUGUAUUGACAAAAGUGAAUUACCUGACUUUGAUAUGGAAACUGGAAUACUUCCACGUGAAGAUGACGAAGAAGAAGAUGUAGAAAUUGAACUUGUUGAAGACGAACCUCCAUUUCUUCAAGGACAUGGAAGAGCUUUGGGUGAUUUAAGUCCUGUUAGAAUUGUCAAAAAUCCAGAUGGGUCGUUAGCUCAAGCAGCUAUGAUGCAAAGUGCUCUAGCUAAAGAAAGACGCGAACAAAAGAUGCUUCAAAGAGAACAAGAAGUCGAUUCUCAGCCUACAAAUUCAAAUAAAAAUUGGAUAGAUCCACUUCCUGACGUGGAAAGUCAAUCGGCAUCGGCUAAUAUGCGUGGGAUCGGCUUACAAAUGCAAGAUUUGCCAGAAUGGAAGAAGCAUGUUAUCGGCGGCAAGAAAAGUUCUUUCGGCAAAAAAACUAAUCUCAGCAUUGUGGAACAGCGACAGAGCUUGCCAAUAUAUAAAUUGAGAGACGACUUGAUGAAGGCUAUAAACGAUAAUCAAAUUUUGAUUGUAGUAGGCGAAACAGGUUCAGGCAAAACAACUCAAAUGACCCAGUACUUGGCACAAGAUGGAUAUACCGCUCGAGGAAAAAUCGGUUGUUCUCAGCCGAGGAGAGUGUCUGCAAUGAGCGUAGCAAACAGAGUCGCAGAAGAAUUUGGUUGUCGACUCGGGCAAGAAGUUGGAUACACCAUUCGUUUUGAGGAUUGUACUGGGCCAGAAACAAUAAUUAAAUACAUGACAGACGGUAUGUUGCUCAGAGAAUGUUUGAUGGAUUUAGAUCUAAAGUCGUAUUCUGUGAUUAUGCUCGAUGAAGCUCACGAGCGCACGAUACACACGGAUGUAUUAUUUGGUUUGCUGAAAAAGGCCGUGAAGAAAAGACCCGAUUUGAAACUUAUCGUCACCAGUGCCACUCUGGACGCUACUAAAUUUUCCGAGUAUUUCUUUGAAGCACCUAUAUUCACCAUUCCUGGACGUACCUUCGAGGUCGAGAUCAUGUACACCAAAGAGCCAGAAACCGAUUAUUUGGAUGCUUCUCUUAUCACAGUAAUGCAAAUACAUCUUCGUGAGCCUCCUGGAGAUAUAUUGCUGUUUUUAACGGGUCAAGAAGAGAUCGACACAGCGUGUGAAAUCCUUUACGAGCGUAUGAAAGUCCUAGGAAACGAGAUUCCAGAUCUCAUUAUUCUUCCCAUAUAUUCAGCUUUACCUUCGGAAAUGCAAACAAGAAUUUUCGAUCCAGCGCCGCCUGGAUCACGCAAAGUCGUCAUCGCAACAAACAUCGCCGAGACAAGUCUCACGAUCGAUGGUAUUUACUAUGUGGUCGAUCCGGGAUUUGUCAAGCAAAAGGUUUAUAACUCUAAAACGGGCAUGGACAGUCUUAUCGUUACUCCCAUCAGUCAGGCUGCAGCAAAACAGCGAAAAGGGCGAGCCGGAAGAACGGGACCUGGCAAGUGCUAUCGACUCUAUACCGAGCGAGCUUAUCAGGACGAAAUGUUGAAGUCGCCGGUGCCGGAAAUUCAACGAACCAAUUUAGCGACGACGGUGCUUCAAUUGAAAACGAUGGGUAUUAAUGACUUGUUGCACUUUGACUUCAUGGACGCACCACCUGUUGAAUCGCUCAUCAUGGCUCUGGAAACUUUGCACAGUCUCAGUGCCCUUGACGAUGAGGGUCUACUAACUCGUCUUGGUAGACGCAUGGCCGAGUUUCCACUUGAGCCCAAUCUCUCGAAAAUGCUCAUCAUGAGUGUACAUUUGCAGUGCUCUGAUGAGAUUCUGACUAUCGUCAGUAUGCUGUCCGUUCAGAAUGUAUUCUAUAGACCGAAAGAUAAGCAGGCACUUGCUGAUCAGAAAAAAGCUAAAUUCAAUCAGACUGAAGGUGAUCACUUGACGCUUCUCGCAGUUUAUAACUCGUGGAAGAAUAAUAAAUUCAGCAACGCCUGGUGUUACGAAAACUUCGUGCAGAUACGUACUCUCAAACGAGCUCAAGACGUGCGAAAGCAAUUGUUGGGUAUCAUGGACAGACACAAAUUAGACGUCGUAUCAGCUGCAAAAAAUACCGUUCGCAUUCAAAAGGCAAUCUGUUCUGGUUUCUUUAGAAAUGCAGCAAAGAAGGAUCCACAGGAAGGUUAUCGUACUUUGGUUGACAGUCAAGUUGUCUACAUUCAUCCAAGCAGCGCACUUUUCAACAGACAACCCGAGUGGGUCAUCUAUCAUGAAUUAGUUCAAACGACUAAAGAAUACAUGAGAGAAGUAACGACAAUUGAGCCAAAAUGGCUGGUUGAAUAUGCUCCGGCAUUCUUCAAGUUCAGCGAUCCCACCAAACUCAGCAAAUUCAAGAAAAAUCAACGUCUCGAGCCACUCUACAACAAAUAUGAAGAGCCGAAUGCAUGGCGAAUUUCUCGCGUUCGAAGGCGUCGAAAUUAAUAUGUGAUCCUUGUGCACAGACUUUUUGGUUGAAUAAAAUGAAAUUAUUUUUCGUGUACAUACGUAUGUAACACUUUUUGUUGAUGUAUGAAUUGGAUUUUCAUAUAGUAAAUGUCUUAAUUUGUCUUAAAAAUAUUUUUUAAAACACUAUUUAUUUUAUUAGUGUAUUCAUGGAUAUAUUUGUAAACACGAUUGAAUUGUUGUAAAUCAAAAUGUCGCACACAAAUGCAAAAAAAUUAAAAAUGACUAUGUAUCAGGUUGUCAACCUGUAUUUGUAAAUAUUAUAUAAAGAAAUAAUAAACUCACUUUAAGUUCAAUUUUCACUUUUCUUUGUUGUGAAUCCUUUGUCACUCCAAAAUCGUAAUG